AUGGCCAAGGUUUUUAAUGAGAACGAAGCAUUCGAACUGCACAAGGCUGCAGUGAUGCGCGAUUUCGUCGCAAAGCCGAGACUUGAUUACCGUACUGUCACUGGUGUCAACGGUCCUCUUGUUAUUCUCGACAAUGUCAAGUUUCCCAAGUAUUCUGAAAUCGUAGACCUGACGCUUCCUGACGGCAGUGUCCGUGCAGGUCAGGUUUUGGAAGUCCAAGGAAAGAAGGCCGUUGUCCAGGUUUUCGAAGGCACUUCGGGUAUCGAUGCAAAGGCAACACACAUCUCGUUCACCGGCAACACGCAACAGAUCCCUGUCUCUGAAGACAUGUUGGGUCGUGUCUUUAACGGUUCCGGCAAGCCCAUCGAUAAGGGUCCCAAAAUUUUUGCAGAAGACUACCUUGACGUGAACGGUUCCCCCAUCAACCCCUUCUCGCGUGUUUAUCCCGAAGAAAUGAUCCAGACUGGCAUUUCCGCUAUUGAUACCAUGAACUCCAUUGCCCGUGGACAAAAGAUUCCUAUUUUCUCUGCUGCUGGUCUUCCACACAACGAAAUUGCUGCCCAGAUCUGUCGACAGGCCGGUUUGGUCAAGCCUACCAAGGAUGUCCACGACGGUCACGCAGACAAUUUCUCCAUUGUCUUUGGUGCCAUGGGUGUCAACAUGGAAACUGCACGAUUCUUCAAGCAAGACUUUGAGGAGAAUGGCUCCAUGGAGCGCGUCACUCUUUUCUUGAACUUGGCUAACGACCCUACUAUCGAACGUAUCAUUACGCCUCGUCUUGCCUUGACCACUGCCGAAUACUACGCUUAUCAGCUCGAGAAGCACGUAUUGGUCAUCUUGACUGAUAUGAGUUCAUACGCCGAUGCUUUGCGUGAAGUGUCUGCUGCCCGUGAAGAAGUGCCAGGUCGUCGUGGUUACCCCGGUUACAUGUAUACUGAUUUGUCCACCAUCUAUGAGCGUGCCGGUCGUGUCGAUGGCCGUAACGGUUCCAUUACCCAGAUUCCCAUCUUGACCAUGCCUAACGAUGAUAUCACCCAUCCUAUUCCCGAUUUGACGGGUUACAUCACUGAGGGUCAGAUCUUUGUCGAUCGUCAGCUUCACAAUCGUCAGAUCUACCCACCUAUCAACGUCCUGCCAUCUCUUUCCCGUCUUAUGAAGUCGGCCAUUGGUGAGGGCAUGACAAGAAAGGAUCACGGUGAUGUGUCCAAUCAGCUGUACGCCAAAUAUGCCAUCGGUCGUGAUGCCGCUGCCAUGAAGGCUGUCGUUGGUGAAGAAGCCCUCAGCCAGGAAGAUAAGCUGUCGCUUGAAUUUUUGGAGAAGUUUGAAAAGACGUUCAUUGCCCAAGGUGCCUAUGAAGCAAGAACUAUUUACGAUUCGUUGGACCUUGCCUGGUCGCUCUUGCGUAUCUUCCCCAAGGAGUUGCUCAACCGUAUCCCACAAAAGGUGCUUGCCGAAUACUACCAGCGCGAUCGCAAGGGCAAGCGAUCCAAGGGUGUGUUCGACACGACUGAGGAUAACGAGUAA